AUGCGCCGGCGCGCCGCCCGCGCCGUCCUGGUCGCCGGCGCCGCCGCGACGACGGGCCCGCCGCCCGGCGGCGUCGCCGUCUGCGUCGUGGGCUUCGCGCGGACGUUCGCGCACCGGCACGUCCACGACGGGCUCGCGGCGGCGUUCGCGGCGGGCCUCGGCGGCGACUACGACGUCUUCGGCGUCGUCGACGACGGGCCCGGCGACACGGUCAAGGGCGCGCGGACGUCGCCGCCGGACCCGCCGGGCCUCGCGGCGGCGGCGGCGGCGCUCCGGCCCGCGGCCUGGGCCGCCGGCCCGCGGCCCAUGGAGAACUGCAGCGGCCUGCUCCCCGCGCUGGACCAGUGGUUCAAGCUCGCGGCCUGCGUCGACCUCGUCGCGGCGGCGGAGGCGACGCGCGGCCGACAGUACGACCGCGCGCCGCUCCGGGGGCCGGCCUGCCCCGCGCGCGUCCUCGCGCUCCGCAACCUCACGGCGGCGGCGCUGGCGGCGCGCCACGCCCUCGCGGACCGGGGCAAGCCCGCGAGCGACGCGUUCCGGACCUGGGAGUUCCGCGACGGCGGCGGCUUCCUCGAGGGCCUCGCGGCGUCGUGCCUCGGCGCGCCCGUCGCCGUCGACGCGGCCGUCGACGUCGACAUCCUGCGGCUGCCCCUCGCCGCCAAGCUCCGGGGCCUCAAGUCCGCCUGGCUCAAGGCGCGGCGCCGCGGCGACGGCGACCCCGCGGCCGUCGCCGCGUUCGAGCGCAUCGCCGCGCUCGUGCCGCCGGGCGAGCUCUGCCCGUCGCUGGGCUUCUGCGGGUGCUCGCCCACGGGCGCGGACUGCGUCUAG